CUGUCCAGCGAUCUCAUCGAAAAUCGCGGCGCAGACAUUCACGAAGACGACAAUCAUGGACGCCUUCCAAUCCAUGUAGCUGCAACCUUCGGUCGUCCCUCCGUUCUCUCUUACCUCAUUGAAGCCUACUCGCAUCGUCUGCGACCCUCUGCCAUUCCAAAAGUCUUUCUCGAUGCCAUAGCCGAAUUAAACGAAUCGGACGAGGAUCGAGAUUCCCUGAAUCUCGACGUUACCAUUUCAAAUGGUAGGCCGAGUGAGGAUCCCUCAAAGUUGGCUAAAGUUGCUGCUGCUGCAAACUAUCUUGACAACCUUCAACGGACUCCUCUUCAUUGCGCCAGCUCCGAGGAGGCUGUUAAUGACUAUCCACAGUGCAUUUCCAUCCUCCUCGAGUCUGGUGGAGAUCCAAUGCUUCGAACUCUGCAAGGCAAAACAGCCUUAGACCUCGCCUAUGAGGCUGGUCGUGCUAGAGUACUCAUUGACAUAAUGCCAACAGCUAUGAUGGUGGAAUUGUUGAUGCGGAUUAAUGACGUGGUUCCUCGAAGUGUUCGACAAAAGCACAGCGAAAAUUUCUCCAACAAAAGAACACGCGACUCUCCUUCGGUUUCCAUUCAGCAAUUAACUCGGAGAGUCAGUAUGAGUGCCCCAAGAAGUUCCCUUAUCCGACGGCAACCUCCUGUAGCUCCAUCGGAUGGGAAGGAAGAAAAUGUAAAUCAUGUGGCAAUUUGGCGGAAGAUUCUUCUCAAUGAUGAUGUGGAAUUGUUGGAGUCCUGGCGGGAUUCCCUUCUCUGGUGUCAAGAGGAUCCAGGGUAUUUAAAAAAACGCAAAGAAAUUCGUGGAAGAGCCUUGAAAAAAAGUCCUCUAUUGGAUAAGUCCUCACCAAUGGAUUUCGAGACAUCUCAGGGUUUGACAGCCUUUCAGAGAUCUGAACUCUUCUUUGACUGUUAUGAAAACGGAACCGGUGUUUAUUCCUAUAUCCAGUCUAACUUUGCAAUGAAUAUCAAAGCGCAUGACUUUCUCACUGUUCUGCGCUCUCUAACCGGUCUAGUGGUGUUUGAACAACUCAUGGUGGAUGGAGUGGUCAUUCUCUCACCACUUCACACCUCCAUUCUCUUCUUGGCUUUGCUCUGUGGACGAUUUCGAGUGGCUGAACAGCUUUUAAGAAUGCGACAAUUCGAUCUCAUUCCAGCCAGCGUUCUCGUGGUACUCAUCCUCCAUCGGCUAUAUCAGGAACCCACCUUCCCUGAACAGGUACGGUGUGAACUUCAACAAAUCGCCAGCCUAGUGGAGGCCAUUGCUGUGGAUGUUUUAACAUUGGUGUCACUGAAGGAUAAUACGCCCGAAAAGGAGAUCUGUCGAGGCAUCCUUAACGCACCUCUGCGAAUCUGUGGCGACCUCUCACUAAUCGACCUCUGCGCUCAGGCCAAAUGCACAAACCUCCUGAGUUUACCCAUCUGCCAACGUGUCCUUGAUGAACGCUGGCGUGGUGUCCUCACUCACCUACCCAAUUGGAUUGGUUUUGUGUCUCGAUUUUGUCCUCUCGUGGCCAUAGCCUUCUUGGAGCGUCGUGCACGCAAGGAGAGGGCUAAAGCUCUCGCCGAUUUCAUUGCUGAUGCAGCCAGCUACACCACUGUUAAUGCCAAUUCCACCAAUAACGCAAAAAGUCCUUCCAUGGAACCCAACUUUUUUGGGCCUUUCAAUAGAGACAGUGAUCCCUGGAAGCCAGCUGCAACCCCAGUCUCACCCCAUAAACGCCGUACUCGUUCUAAGGAGCAUUCUACCUCCAUUCUACCGAUGAUACGACUGAAAAAAGUAUCAGCACCCAAUCCACUCACUGUCUACGAUCGUCUUUCGCGACAAUAUGGAUGGCAGGGCUCACCACGACUAUCCUUUGUCAAAGCCAUCUACGCCUCACCGGAGGUUAAGUUCUUUUUCCAUUCCAUCUUUCAUGUCAUCUUUCUAGUCACCUUCACAGUGGUGCUUGUCAAUUCCCUCCAUUUUAAAAUCCGUCUCACUGAAUGUGGUGCCAUAACGUAUGUGAUUGGGUAUGCGGUUGAGGAGGUUCGCCAAAUCAUAAUUGAAUCAUUGCGCGGCCAAUUUACCAAUUACUUGAAGGACAGUUGGAACACUCUUGAGAUAUUUGCGAUCGCCUUCACUUUGACUGGAUUCUGGGCAAGAGUUGGAAAAAUUAAUCAGUGGGCACCUCCAGAGCGUGAAGCCUACGACCUCUCCUUCUACAUUGCUCGAGUGUGCUACCUCUUUGGACUCCACCUCUUCUGCAUGCGAACUCUCUUCAUCACCUCCAUCUCACCAAUAAUUGGUCCACGUUUGAAAAUGAUGGCUGACAUGUUGAGGAAGGAUCUAGUCCCUCUCCUCAUUGUCUUUGCCAUCUUCCUCUUCUCCUAUGGAGUGUCAUUUCAAGGCCUUAUGUAUCCCAACUCGUACAUUCAACAGACCCUCUCAAAUGGGACCAAGGUGUAUGAAAGAAUGCCUUUUCUUUCCACUGUGGAGAAAUUAAUCUCUCGAGCCUUCUACUCCAUGUUUGAAGUGAGUGUUGCCCUGGAAGAGGCCGAAUGCCGACCAGAAGAGCAGUGUGGAAGUCAACUUGGCAACAAAUUGGUCAUCCUCUUUGUCCUCAUCGCUUACACUGUAAUUGUCAAUCUUAUCCUCAUCAACCUUCUCAUUGCCUUGUUUAGCAAUACGGUCUCACGGAUUGGAAUGCAAUCAACAGCCCAUUGGUUGGCAGAUCGCUAUCAAAUGGUGAAGGAGUACCAAGAUAAAUCCAUGUUUCCACCACCAUUGAAUCUUCUAUCCAUUAUGGUAGAGAUUUGUUUUUGUUCCAGUCGGCUUUGCUUAUGCUGUCGUCGUCAUCGUCGAAAAAAUGGAAAAAGUGAGGCUAAGGUCGUGAACGGUCGAUCGAGUGUCGGUUGUCAUCGAAGUCACAUUAGUGCUUCUGAAAGCCGUAGCUCAGAGGACCUUGAUGACAUUGAGAGUCAACACAACAUUACCAAUAAUAAUCAAAUGGGUGUGGACAAAGAGGAGUUUGAACUCUCUCACAAUGUUGCCAAACGCAAGUGGAAUAAACAGCUGCGCAAUUCUCGACGGGUUCAAAAACUGACGCACAAUCUUCGCAGUGCCUUAUGGGGUCGCAGAACGGAGACGGAGGCUGUGCUACAGUUUAUUUUAGUGCAGAGUUUUGCCCUAAAAGAUCGGCGCUAUACAAUCGGUACGACAAACACUACACUGCCUUCAGGCUACUCAGUUAUUGCUACCGCUACGGGUACCAUUGAACAUCGUCUACAGGCUUUGGAAAAGCGAUUGGACGAUUGGCUUCCACGUCUGAUGGAAGAAUUGAAGGCUCUAAGGGAGUCCCAACGUUCGCCAUUCAGUCCACAGGACUUCCAAAUGUCACAGACUCUGGAAACUGGCGAAAUCUCUGAGAGGAUGCAAUUGAACGCAGAUGGACUUCAAGCGCCAACGCUUUCUGAGAGCUCGGAGAGAACUUCAGGCAUCUCAAUGAGAGCGCAUCAACCGCACGACCUCUUGUACAGGCGACCCGUGUCGAAAUUAUAA